AUGCCAUGCCUCUCGGCUAGAGCCGCUCGCAAAGCGGAAUCGCCUCGGGACGCUUGCGAGUCCUUUGUCGGACGGGGGAGGCGGGAUGCGCUGGCGCCGGCGUGCCGAGGCGAGCACGACCGCGUGGGCAGCGCAGCGCACACAAAGAAAAAAGCCGGCCAACCGCCCGCGCCGUGGCAUUCCGCCACCGAACCGGUCCCGCCUCAAUGGCGGCCGGCGCGCACCGCCCGCCGAACGAAAGUGGACCCUACACCGACCGCGCAAGGUACAAACGCGGCACGACGGCGGGGCAGAUGCGGGAGAAUUAUAAUCGUAUUACGAGGAGGAUGCGACACAAAAAAGUCGAAUGAUGGCAACGGUGCAGAAUAUCAAAUGGUGGUGCACGGCCGCGUCGUGAUUGAUGGACGCUUAAUGAAAGUGAAACGCCGA